GAAAUGACUUGGUUCCUAUCAAUCUGGCAUAUUUAUUCUGUUAUAUAUCCAUAAGAGGAGGAACCAGGAAUGUGGUGACGCUUGAAAUGGAAGAAGUAAUACUCUUGGGCUUCUGGACUAGUCCUUAUGUGAUGAGAGUGAAGAUCGCUCUGCUGGAGAAGGGAAUUCAAUUUAAGUACAAGGAGGAAGAAGAUAUAUUUGAGAAUCGAAACAAGAGCCACUUGCUUCUCAAAUCAAAUCCCAUCCACAAGAAAGUUCCAGUGCUCAUUCAUAAUGGCAGGCCCAUCUGCGAGUCCCUCAUCAUCCUUCAAUAUAUUGAUGAGGUUUGGAAGCACGAAUACCGUCUUUGCUCUGAUGAUGCUCACAACCGAGCCAGGGCAAUGUUUUGGAUUGAUUUCUUUGACAAAAAGAUAGCGGAUUGUGGUAGGAAGAUGUGGGCUUGCAAGGGAGAAGAACAAGAGAGUGGGAAGAAGGAGUUCAUAGAUUGCUUGAAGCUCUUGGAAAAUGAACUGGGAGACAAGCUUUAUUUUGAAGGCCAUCAUUUUGGACUCCUGGAUAUCGCUUUGAUACCAAUCACUUGCAGGUUUUAUACGUACGAGAGGAUGUGCAAAUUCAGCGUGGAAGAGGAGUGCCCGAGGUUCAUGGAAUGGGUGACAAGGUGUUAUCAGAGGCAGAGCGUUUCAGACGCACUCCCUCAUCCACAUCAAGUCUAUGACUUUGUGUUGCAGAUCAAGAAAAGAUUUGGAGUUGAGUAAAAUUUCUGAAUCAAUUCCAAGUGUUCUUCUUGUUCUGAUAAUUCAUUGUGAUAAAUGAUAAAUAAAGAAUCAUAAAAUGUCCACGUCAGUGUAUUUGAGCAUAUUUGGAGUUAUUGUGAUUUGUGAGUCCUUCCCUAUAAUAAUAUAAAUAAAAGGUUGGCCACUUUGUCUUUCAAGUUAGGACAUUCAGUUCAA